AUGGCCGCUGAGGGCUCUUCCACCGUGGUCAACAUCGAUGCCGCCGCCGCCGCCGCCGCCGCUGCCGACGCCGAAGCGAGGGGAAAAGCUCCCGCAGCUGUCCCUCCCCCACCGCCGGCCCCCGCCGCGGCCAAGGCGGCCGCACCAUUCGUCAGGUUCAUGUCGAAGACCAAAGCGAAAGGCGGGUGGAAGAGAGGCGUCUUCUGCUUCGACCUCUUCCUCAGGAUCUUCGCACUCGGGGCUUGCCUCACGGCGGCGAUUCUCAUGGGCACCGCCGACGAGACCCUCCCCUUCUUCACCGAGCUGUUCCAGUUCCACGCCGAGUUCGACGACUUCCCCGCCUUCACGUGAGUGCUCGCCCGCCGGAGCCGGACUUCCAUGGAUUUGCAGACCCGAUGUGCACUAAACCCACCGUCUUCAUGUACUUGCAGGUUCUUCGUGAUCGGGAACGCGGUGGCGGGCGGGUACCUCCUCAUCUCCAUUCCCUGCUCGCUUUUCGGAAUCGUACGACCUCGCCCAGUAGGACCGAGGCUCCUCCUCAUCAUCCUCGACACAGUGAGUCCCCUCUCCGGACCCCCGAUUCGACCCGCCGGUGCUCCGUUCGUCCCUUUCAUUUCACGGUCUUCCCAUCGCCAACGCAGGUCAUGGUGGCGCUAACGACGGCGGCGGCGGCCUCCGCGGCGGCGAUCGUGUACCUCGCCCACAACGGAAACCAGAGGGCCAACUGGGUGCCCAUCUGCCUGCAGUUCAACGACUUCUGCCAGCGGACCAGCGGCGCCGUGGUGACGUCCUUCGCCGCCGCCGUCCUCUUCAUGCUGAUGGUCGUCAUGUCGGCUCUCGCUCUCCGAAAGCACUGA